UGGCAGCAAACACCUUUUAUUUGCUUCAAACAAGCAGAUAUUUCUGAUGUUUUUGUUAUGUCGUAGAUGUUUUAGCAUUAUACGCACAACAGGACACUCAAAGAUGAAAUUCUCGAGUAUGCCGAUAAAAACAAACACUAGCCUGUUAGGUUUUUCAUGCUAGUCAACGUCAAACACCAACUUUAAUGUUCUCAUGCGAUAUAUUGAGCAUUAAAAUAUUGUGUCUGUUACAUAUCUCUGAAUUAUAUUAUGUUUUGUAAGUAACAGGAAAUGUUCUUCAUUGAAAUGCUGCGUAAAUCACAAGAACCAAUGAGCCAAGGAGGAAGAGAUCUGACUUUCUGCAUUGGGCAUCACAUGAAGAUGAUGUCAUAUCGUGAGAACAAUCAUCAUUUAUGAAAGAAAAAAAAAAACAACAACCUUGGUGUAACACCAAAUUACAGGAAAUGUAAUUUCUUUUUACAUCAGUCACUACACACAUCUACUAAAAGCAGAAUUCAUUGAAAUUGUUGGCCUGUGAAGGCAGAAAACAUACAUCUAGGUAAUUACCCGAUACAUUGUCUAAACCAUGGUGGACAACCGUUAUGCCACAGCGCUGGUCAUCGGAUCUGUACUGAGCCUACUUGCCUGUGUCUAUCUAUCCGUUGCCAUGGGAACACCGUACUGGUACCAGUACCACAGCCAACCAGCCAGCAACGAUGCAAAUAACGGCUCGGAUCUGCACAACCUUCGGCAGGACUUUGAGGGAGAGGAUAUGGAUGAGCGGAGCUACAGUGUGGCUCUGUUCAGGCUUAAUGGCACUCUGGGUCUCUGGUGGCGCUGUAUUCUAAUGUGCCAAGAGCCUGAUCCAACACUGAUGACUAAAUGCCAGGCCUUUACUUUGCAGCAGCAGUGGGAAUCCAAGUAUAAAUCCCCUGGAAAUAUCAACAGCGGAGAUGAUCUGCUGCGCACCUACCUGUGGAAGUGUCAGUUCCUGUUGCCGCUGGUCUCAGUGGGUUUGGUGUUUCUAGGCGCAUUGAUCGGAGUGUGUGCCUGCCUUUGCCGCAGUAUCACACCCACUCUGUUUGUAGGGCUGCUGCAUCUACUGGCCGGCCUGUGUUCUCUGGCCACAGUAUGCUGUUUCCUCGCAGGUGUGUACCUGCUCCAUGAAAUCUCCGAUCUGCCUGAGGGGAUGGACUGCUCUCCAGGCUGGUCCCUGUUUCUGGCGCUGGUCUCUUCUCCACUGCAGAUUAUGGCUGCUGCACUCUUCAUAUGGGCUGCCAGGAGCCACCGCCAACACUACACUCGAAUGACAGCCUACAGAGUUGCCUAGGCAACAGAGGACUGACUAUAGUGUUGCUCAAGCAGCUAUCCACUCUCACAAGAACCAUGUUUGCUUAAGCAACUGCUUUACCACUAACAAACGAGCUGUUCUUUUAGAAAGGUUAUGAAGGAGACGGCAUAAUCGCACUGCUCAAUGUCAGUAGAUUCGAUUAUUAGAAAAGUUCACUAAAAAUGAAAAUUCUGUCAUCAUUUACUCACCUUCAUGUUGUUCCAUGCCUGAAUGAUGUAACUUUUAUGAAACCCAGAAAGGAGAAAUUUUGAAGAAUGCGCCAGUCGCUCUUUUCAAUGUAAUUGCUGUAAAUGGAGGCUGGACUUUUCAAGCCUUCAAAGCGGAUGCAAAAAUCACCAUAGAAGUAUUGUAAAGGUGUCAUUUUUACACCAAGUAAAAGUAAUUUUUCACUGAUAAACUUAAGUGAGCUGAACUACCGAACCACUGUGACGACUGCUUUUGUUUACGAGGACAUCACUCUCAUGAAUGCACCAGGAAGAGAUGGAUGUCAAGAUUUUUAGUCAAUAACAGCUUAAAUUAUCCAGGUCACGUGUUUAGAAUGACAUGAGGGUGAGUAAAUAAUGACAGAAUUUUCAUUUUUGAGUGAACAAUUCCUUUAACACAUGCACCGUCCACUCAAAGCACUCCGCUGUGAAUACUUGCAACACAUGAAGGAUCUUCUUACUAUAAAACUGCCUUUUUCACCACUGUUAAGCUCUGAGCUGUAUAUCCCAUAAACAGAAAAACUGCUCAUAAACCGCUAAACUGUCGCUCUACAAUCAACAGACGAAAAAAAAGAAGCUAUAAACAUAUUAUAGUUCUUCAAGGGCUUCACGAUUAUGUCAGAAAUCAUAAUUGUCGAUUAUUUCCCUUGAUAUUGUAUGCACGGUUAUUAAUUUUCAUUAGUAGAAUUUACAGUAAAAUACUCGUUUUGUGUGUGGCAACUGCAUGCCAUAUUUUGUAUUUUAUUUAUUUAUUUCAUUGAAAUGCCUCUGAUUGCAUUCAUGCGCAUAGAAGAAACGUAAAUAGAAAACUGACACAACAGGACCAGACCCAAUGGAAUGCUGGAAUUGACACUUCACAUUUAGUUGCAGCAAUUGUUAUUUUUUUAUUAAUUGUGCAGCCGAGUUCUUCUGGACUUUUUUGAAGUCUUGAACUCGGUGGUUCUUAACUGGUUUCGCAAAUUCAAUUGACAGAUGAAUUUGCGCUAAAAUCCAGUAGUUUGAUUAGAAGCACGGCCUUUGAUGUUGACAAAAAAAGUUCAUAAGCCUAUUUAUUUUGCAAUCCUUACCUUAUGAUUACAUGGCUAGUUGUUUUGUAUUCUUUGCAUUUAGCAUUGUUUUUCCCUGCUGUCUCUGGCCCUAUCAGAGCUGACACACAACCCAUUUUUGUGUCAUGACCCAAGCCCUCACUUUAUAUUCACGUCUGGUGUAAGAUUUGGUUUUGUCUCCUUGUUUUUAUACACUUGACAUUAGCCUGUGUAGUAGCUAAUGACAUUGCUUUUAUGAAGAAGGUAGUAAAUUGUGAAUAUGUUUUGCAAUCCCAAGAAUGCAGUAAGGUGUUGGCUUGGCCUAAAAGACUGAAUGUUUGUAUCUCUUAUAAGCAUUAACCACUUUAACCUUGGUGUGUUUUCUGAAAUACUUGUGGUUAUUUGUUCUUUUGCUUUGCAUUUGGUUAUGCUGUUUUGUUUACCAUUUUGUUUCUUUUUUUUUUUUUCACUUUGAGAAUGUCAUCAUAUACUGUACGUUUGUUUAGUAACUUUUAGAUUGCUGUUUCCUAUUUUGAUGGUUAUGUUAGUCAUUUAAAAGCAUCUAAGCUGUGGUUUAUAUACUUAUUUAUACUAUGAUUUUUGCCACUAUUUUGUUGUCUUGUAAUGCAAAAUUGAG